UACACAUGCAUUUGGCUCCGUUUUAUUGGAAAUCUGAUUUUUCGAGAGACAGCAGAGAUCUGUUUGAAAUUCUUGGCCUACUUCUUCUUGAAUUUUGCUUUAGCAGCUUAGCUGUUCUUAAAUUCUGUGUUGCGAUGGAAAGGGACUGCCUGGGAUUGAGCUCUAAGGAUUCUGUUGCUGAUAAAGCCGAAAUUGUACAAGAUUGCAAAGAUUCUGGAUUCACCAAGAGUUCAGGGGUUCCAUGGCUGUUAUCAAACAAGGAGCCCAUCCUUCCAGAUUUUGUGCCUUCUAAAUCUGAACAAUACCAAACACUCUCAAAAUUCAAGUGGGGUCCUCUUACAUCUCCUGGAGACAUUACAAAAUCUGUUGAAGACAUAUGUGAUGCCAGCCCAAAACGACAAUCAGGCAAUAAGCAGAACUUUGGGGAUGCUACCAUGACGCCACGAGUUCUUGGUGAGAUUCCUCUCACAUGUCUUCCUUCCACCUUUGAGGCUAGGAAAUGCAAACAGUGGUUUGAUUCUAAGGCUUCUGCUGCUCCUAGUCAGUUGACAAUAUUUUAUGCUGGAAAAGUGAAUGUCUUUGAUGACAUCUCCCCGGAGAAGGCUCAGGCAAUUCUACUUUUGGCUGGAAAUGGGUGUGUCUCAUCUAACAUGGCUCAAACUAGACUUUGCAUUGAUACCCCUACCUCCAAACUUGCAGCAGCUGAUGAAGCAUUGGUGAACCAAAAUAUGAAUGCGCCACCUGGCUCUGCUCUCUCAAGUCCUAUAUCUGUUUCCUCUCAUCCCAUCAAUCAGUCAGGCAGUACACCGCCAGCUAACAAAGAAGACGUCAAGGUAUCUAAUUCCCUUGGCUUCUCUGCCAAUCUUGUUAGCAAAUUGGAACCCCCAAGAAUGCUAACAUCUCUGGAAUCUAUAGCUGCAACUGCCAUAAUAUCAUCUGCUGUUCCACAGGCACGCAAAGCAUCCCUCGCUCGCUUUCUAGAGAAACGCAAGGAAAGGGCAAUGAACUCAGCACCAUACAACAUCUGCAAGAAAGCUGCCGACCAUGCCAACUCAGGGUCGGGUGGUCUUGGCUUCUCGGCUACUUCUGAUGCACAGGGCUACAUUUCUCUGUCUACCUGCAAGGAAACUAGUACUGAAAUCUGAUCAUUUAAGUCAGAACUUUCCACGAUGCAUAUGUAUGAUCGGUAUCAUGAUCAAUGUCACUUCUCUCAUCUUCAAGAUGCCAACAUAAUCGAAAUCGUGUUGACGAAGAGCAUCUGCAGAAUUUAAUUGUCCGCCAUGAACAGAACUUCUGGCAUCCAACAGCACCCAUCAACAGGAAUCUCCCAAUCAAUCAAUUUCCAAUUCUGAAAUGUCAAAUUGUGUUAACAGAUGGUGUUACCAUAACAAAAUUCAAAAAUCACAAUGAACUUUAACAUUAAUCAUAAAAUCAUUGACCAAUUACAUUACAUAUACAUCAAUAGAUUCAAUACAUGUAUUAAGCCAUUAAAAAUAAUUGGAAAUGAAACCCGAAUUGAUCUGAUUUUUCUAUUCAAAUUAAAUGUGAGUGCGGAUCACUCAAAUCCACAUGGCACUUGCUCAUGGUAAGUUCCUCCUCUAGUCUUGUCUCUCUCAUCCUCUCUGACUAGUACAUUGGUUUGAAUUUUGAAUUCAACUUGACUUGGUCUCAUAAUUGAUAGUGGCUUCUCUUGGUAGCAUUUGGACUUGGCAAAAACAAGAGAAAUAGAGAGAGGAACCAAGUGGGAGAGGUUUGUUUCUCCAAUGAAAAUUCUUGGUUAUCUCUGACGGGUUUUCUCGGUAUAUCUAUUGUCAUUCCAUUUGGAUGAAGUUGCUUUUAUCUGAUAUGACAUAAUCUCAACAUCAAAGACUCCAUUGGUGUUGGUGUUGAAGAAUCUUUGGGUCAAUUUUGGACACUUUGAGAGAUUAUUUCACAUUGUGGGUUGUAAUAAAUCAUUGUAAUCUAUAUUUCAUCUCUACAUAAAAUUUUCAAAGAUUGCUUCAAUGAGUUGGAAUGGAGU